AUGGCUGGCCGUCGCACGCUUGGGACCCGUCGAGCCUCUCUCUGCAAGGCACUCUACUUCAUCGCCAACGGGCUUCUCGACGUAUACGCCAAAGGUCUCGUCCACGGGUCUCUCUCGAGCCACAAUGUGUUUGUCAGUUCGCCCACGUUCAUCCAAGUCGGUGUCCCCGGGACGCGACUCGCCGCCGCCGUCGUCGCGUCGGACGUCUAUGCGUUUGGUAUUCUCACGUCGGAGCUCAACGCGUUCCAGCUGCCGUUUGACGACUACGAUUUCGAUGACGAAGUUGCGCUCACGACCGCCGUUGUCGAUGGCGGCUUGCGCCCAACACUGCGUGAGAAGCGCGACGACUGGUACCGAGACCUCGUCGGUCGUUGCGUCGAUGCCGACCCGCUCAAUCGCCCGACAGCACAAGACGCCUUGUUAUGGUGCAGCUGCUCCAUAGCUUUUGUCACUUGA